UAUUGAUUGCGUAUCUACUAUCUGACUAUCUCCAUUACCAAAGAAGAAGAAUGACCCUUCGUCAUGGGAUAAUGAUCUUGUGUCUUCUGUUCGUAACUAAGUGUGGCUAUGGCGAUGGAUUGGACGAACGCAACGUUGAGGCUCACAUGAACUACUUCUUCAACAUUGAUGAUUUAGGUGUCGGAAAUCCUUUCACGAUUAAGCUUAAAGUCAAUAGCACUUCCCAUUUAUUGUCCAAAGAACAAGCUGAUUCAUUACCUUUCUCAUUGUCUGAGCUCCCAAACAUUCUCCAACUCCUCUCAAUCCCGCGAGAUUCUGUUAGAGCUAAAGCAAUGCAAGAUACCCUCGAAGAAUGCGAAUCCAAACCCAUACAAGGAGAGGCCAUGGCUUGCGCAACCUCUUUUGAGUCUUUACUCGAAUUCGCAAACACUAUAUUUGGACAGAAGGAUGAGAUCAAAGUCCUAGCCACGACACACAAUGCCAUGUGGAAUUCAAUUAGCUAUACUAUUAUGGAUUUCAAAGAGAUUCCGACUCGAAAAGUAAUAGGGUGUCACCCGAUGCCCUACCCUUACAAGGUUUAUCGUUGCCAUCACCAAUUUGAUGGGGAAACCAAGGCUUUCCGCGUUUUACUAAAAGGUGAUGUUGGAGAUAGGUUUAAUACUUAUGCUGUUUGCCAUAUGAACACUUCGAAUUGGGAUCCAAACCACAUUUCAUUUCGACUUCUAAAUACCAAGUCACCAUCCCCUGUGUGUCACGUCUUCCCUGAAGGACAUCUUCUUUGGAUCCAGACAAAAUCAAACGCUAAUAAUCUCUAGAGACUACCAUCUUACAUUGCUUGCAAGGAAAUUACGUAAUAAAACCUAAAUAAACCUUGUGUUGAUUCAUGUAUUGCUUAUAUGCUAUGUAUUGAAGCUGUUUCGAUCUA